ACAAGCCAAUCAAGCAAGCAUUCGCAAAGGAGUAGCAUUGAACUUGAUACUCUAUCCACGUUCUAAUGCUAUUUUAACUCAAUAUCAAGAAGAAAUUAGAAAUCUCGAAAAGAAAGCUAAUUACCAAUCAGAAAUAAAUUCCAUCGACAAGUUAGCUAACUGGUUAGCUGGGCCAGAAAAAGGUUAUAAGCCAAGAGAAUCAAAUCCGGUUCCUUCUACAUUUGAUGAAUGGGCAGAUAAACAUUUAUAG